AUGGUCUCCUAUCUCUUUCUCUCCCUAUUCCUCUUCUUUCCCCAUCUUUAUGCUUCUUUUUCUUCUUCAGUAUCUCACUCUUGCUCUUCACUAAUCCAGUUCAAUAACUCUUUUUCCAUAGCAAAGGAUGCUUCUUUCCUUUGCAAUGGUAUUGCUGGACUUAAAUCUUAUCCCAAGACAAACUCAUGGAAGAAGGGUAAAGAUUGCUGCUUAUGGGAUGAGGUCACUUGUGACCACCUAAAUGCUCAUAUGAUUGCCCUUGACUUGAGCUGCAGUUCCAUUCCAGAUGAGGUAGCAGCUUUUCUUGAUCUAAUAUUACUAGAUUUAUCUAACAAUUUAUUCAAUGGAACACUUCCCUCAUGGUUGUAUACUGCUCCCACCUUAAAGGAAAUAGAUCUCUCUCAAAAUCAAAUCAAUGGGCAUAUCAAAGAAUUCCAAUCCAAAUCACUAGAAUCGAUAUGGUUAGAGAAUAAUAAACUCCAAGGUCUUCUUCCAUCUUCAAUAUUCCAACUUCUCAAUCUUAUCGGGCUCAGCUUAUCCUCAAAUAAUCUUAGUGGUGUCAUAGAGUUGAACAUGUUCUCAAACCUUCCAAAUCUCAAAUAUGUUGACCUUUCAUAUAACAGCCUAUCCUUAACAUCUAAUAGCACUUCUACUGUUAAUCUUACAAGCUUAUUAUUGUCAUCUUGCAAUCUUAGUGAAUUCCUCCAAUUUUUAAAAGGGCUUAAAAGUUCGGACUGGUUAGACCUCUCUUACAACAGAAUUGAAGGCAAGAUUCCACAGUGGAUGCAAGAGGUGGGGAUUGACUCUUUGAGGUAUUUAAAUGUAUCCCAUAACUCUUUGACAGAAGUUGAGCAAUUUCCAUGGAAGAAUAUUGCAUUUCUUGACUUAAGCUCCGAUUUGAUCCGUGAAAAUCUUCCGAUUCUAGCUUCGACGGUCAAUAUCUUUCUGAUCUCAAAUAAUAGUUUCAAUGGAGAGGUUUCUUCUUUAAUAUGCAAUGCCAGUGCUCUUCAAAUUCUUGAUUUGUCCCACAAUAACUUGAGUCGAACAAUUCCGCAAUGUUUUGGAAAUUUGAGCAACAGCCUUGAAUUCUUGAAUCUGAAGAAGAACAAGUUUUAUGGGACGAUUCCUCCAACAUUUGUAAAGGGAUGCCAACUGAGUAAUUUCAACUUAAAUGGAAAUCUGUUAGAAGGGCCUUUGACACCAUCCAUCCUUAAUUGUAAAGGUUUGGAAGUGCUAGAUCUUGGUAACAACAAGAUCAAUGAUACAUUUCCUCAUUGGUUGGGAAGUCUUCCACAGCUACAAGUUCUUGUAUUGAAGUCAAAUCAUAUGCAUGUGAGAUACAUCAACAGCUUCAAGGCUAUGAUAAAUCUAGAGAAGAUUGGGAGUACAAUGUCGUACAUGAGGAUGUAUGAUCAGAGUGCCUUCUAUACCUAUUCCAUUGGAAUUGUUACGAAAGGACAAGAUAUGGAAUUGGUGAAAAUUUUUAACAUGUGGAUGAUCAUUGAUCUAUCAAACAAUCAGUUUGAAGGGGGGAAUUUGACAAGCCUUGAAUGGUUGGACCUAUCUUCAAACAAGUUGUCUGGGACGAUUCCAAAUAGAUUGGCAGAGCUGGCAUAUCUUUCGUCCUUAAAUGUUUCUAAAAAUCAACUCCAUGGUCAAAUUCCUCAAGGAAAACAGUUCAACACAUUUGGAAAUGAUUCAUGUGAAGGAAAAAAGGGACUAUGUGGGUUUCUGGUCUCAAAAGGUUGCAACAUCAUUGAGCCACCACCUCCAAGUGUGCUUGAAAAAGAUGGCUCAAAAUCAAACAUUGGUUUUGGUUAG